AUGCUCCAGGUCCUGGUGCUUAAGAUUGAAGAUCCAGGUUGCUUCUGGGUUAUUAUAAAAGGAUGUAGUCCCUUUUUAGAUCAUGAAGUUGACUAUCAAAAACUGAAUAGUGCCAUGAAUGACUUCUAUAAUAGCAUGUGUCACGAUACAGAAAUAAAACCACUCAAGUUGGAAGAAGGGCAGGUUUGUGUGGUUUAUUGUCAGGAACUAAAGUGCUGGUGCAGGGCAGUUAUUAAGUCAAUCGUGUCUUCAGCAGACCAUUACCUCGCAGAGUGUUUCCUUGUGGAUUUUGCUAGAUAUGUUCCAGUGAAAUCCAAAAACAUCCGAGUUGCCAUAGAAACUUUUAUGCAGCUUCCCUACAGAGCAAAAAAAUUCAGACUGUACUGCAUAAAACCUGUCACAUUGCACAUUAACUUCUGUGAAGACAGUGCUGAAAUUGUACGGGCCAAGAAGUGGGACAGUGCAGCUAUUCAGUACUUCCAGAACAUCCUGAAAGCAGCUACCCAGGUAGAAGCCAAAUUGUGUGCUGUGGAAGAAGAUACUUUUGAGGUUUACCUUUAUGUAACUCUAAAAAAUGAAAAAGUUUGUGUUAAUGAUGAUCUGGUUGCAAAGAACUUCGCUUGUUAUGUGUCACCCAUGGAGAAUAAGAACUUUGAUUCUUUGGAGAAGCCAAGAUUGAAUAUAAAGUCAGCAUCCUUUUCCAAUAAGCUCAAUCCAGCACUUACUCUUUGGCCAAUGUUUUUGCAAGGAAAAGGUUCUCAAAGGAUGGAAAAGUCAUGUGGUUUACCUUUUCUAGCGGAGUCUCUCCAGCAUCCGUGGCCCCAGGGUGCGGGUGACCUCAGGCCAACCAGUAGGAUCCUGGAUAAGACUGUAAAAUGUAAUGUGGAUUCAUUGAAAGGUUCACCUGAAAAAGAAUCUGAAAAGAAACAGCAGUACAUCUCCUUGAAAGACGUAAAUAAGUGUGUUGAAUCUGCAGUGUGCUGGCCAACAAAGAGAGGCAUAACCAUAUAUGCCAGUCCAGACACAUCAGCUGCAAGUGCUUCAUGUCAAAAGUCAAGUGAGAAGCCACUUAGAUCAGCUGAGAAGAAAGAAUACAAUGAGAAGAAUGGCUGUGUGAAAUUACUGCAGUUUUUAAAUCCUGAUCCUUUAAGAGCUGAUGGAAUCUCUGAUCUGCAGCAGUUGCAGAAGCUGAAGUCGGGGUCCCAGCAGACCAUGGCAGUUUUGCGAAACAGGGUUGAGCCCUGCUUGUCCAUCGAGACAGCACCACUCUCAACAGACCUGAAAAAGGCUCUUCAAAGAAAUAAGUUUCCAGGCCCCAGCCACACUGAAUCUUACUCUUGGCCUCCCAUAGCGCGUGGCUGCGACGUGGUGGUCGUUUCUCACUGUGGAAACGACCCUUUGUUGUACCUUCCACCAAUGCUUACAGUUCUGCAAACAGGGGGCUGCUACAAGUCUUUGCCAAGUAGAAACGGACCUCUGGCAGUCAUCGUGUGCCCUGGGUGGAAAAAGGCCCAAUUUAUUUUUGAAUUAUUGGGAGACUAUAGAGCGUCCUCCAGGCCUCUUCAUCCUGUGUUGUUAACAAUCGGACUCCACAAAGAUGAAGCCAAAAAUAUGAAGUUUCCAAGGGGGUGCGAUGUGAUUGUUGCAACACCACAUAGUCUCCUGAGACUUCUCCAGUAUCAGAGCUUAUUAUUUCUUAGGCUCUGUCACCUAGUUUUGGAUGAGGUGGAAGUAUUACUCUCUGAAGCUAAUGAGCAGGUGUUUGCUAUAUUAGAUAACUUUAAAAAAAACAUUGAAGUUGAAGAACGGGAAUCUGCCCCACAUCAGAUUGUUGCAGUUGGAGUUCAUUGGAACAGACAUAUAGAGCAUUUAAUCAAAGAGUUCAUGAAUGACCCCUACAUUGUGAUCACAGCCAUGGAAGAGGCUGCCCUCUACGGCUGCGUCCAACAGGUAGUGCAUCUUUGCUUGGAAUGUGAAAAAACUUCUACUUUACUCCAGACUCUUGAUUUCAUCCCAAGUCAGGCAGAGAAGACCUUGAUCUUCACCUGUUCUGUAGCUGAAACAGAAAUAGUGUGUAAGGUGGUAGAAAGCAAUUCCAUAUUUUGCUUGAAAAUGCAUAAAGAAACGAUUUUUAAUUUAAAAAGUGUUUUAGAACAGUGGGAGAAGAAGUUAAGUUCUGGUUCUCACAUUGUAUUAGCCUUAACAGAUGAUUGCGUCCCACUCUUGGCCAUCACCGAUGCCACGUGUGUUAUUCACUUCAGCUUUCCUUCCUCACCAAAAAUUUUCGGUGGACGCCUAUAUUGCAUGUCCGAUCAUUUUCAGAGUUUAACUGAACAGGGUUCUGCCGAACAGGGAGAUAAAAAGACCAAAUCUGUCUUGCUGCUGUCGGAGAGAAAUGCCUGCCACGCAGUUGGGGUCCUACGCUACUUGGAGCGAGCAGAUGCCAAGAUCCCUUCAGAGCUGUACAAGUUUACCGCGGGGGUUCUGGAAGCCAAAGAAGAUAGAAAAGCCAGAAGGCCUCUUUGUCCGUAUCUUAAGGCUUUUGGUUUUUGCAAAGACAGAAGGAUGUGUCCUGACCGGCACCGUCUUAAUCCAGAAGUAGACAUACCAAGGAAGUUAUCUAGCCAAACUCUACCGGUGCUUGGAUACAUAAAAAUAAUACCCUUUUAUGUUUUGAAUGCAACAAAUUACUUUGGUCGUAUAGUUGAUAAACAUGAGGAUCUUUGUGCAACUCUUAAUGCUGAGAUGAAAGAGUAUUUUGAAGACUCCAAUAAUAAAGCAACUGUUGAAAAGAUGGAGAAAUUUGGAUUAUAUGGGUUAGCAGAAAAAUCAGUUUUUCACAGGGUUCAGGUGUUGGAGAUGAGCCAGAAGGAGGACACGUGGGCCCUGGAUAACGUCCUUGUGAAGUUCAUAGAUGAAGGAAGAUCGGGGCUCGUCACAAGAGACCAGUUGCUACACCUCCCAGAAAGAUUCCACACACUGCCGCCCCAAGCUGUGGAGUUUAUCGUUUGUAGAGUGAAACCCGUGGACAAUGAAAUUGAAUGGAAUCCAAAGGUUACUAGGUACAUUCAUCAUAAAAUUAUUGGAAAACUGCAUGAUGCAAAAGUGGUACUGGCUUUAGGAAAUACAGUUUGGAUUGAUCCAAUGGUGCACAUUACAAAGCUUUCAAACUUGAAAACUUCUGUCAUUGAUUAUAAUGUUCGAGCUGAAAUUUUGUCAAUGGGAAUGGGCAUUGAUAACUCAGAACAUGUAGAACAACUGAAAAAAUUAUACAAAGGAGCUAAAAUGCCAUCUUUUGAAGAAAGCCUGAACCAGACCCUGACACCUUCUUCCGGAGAAGACAGUGCUUGCCUGCCGAGCACACGGCAAGAGGACAAGGGCUCGGAGAGAGGAGCUGACUCCAAGACAGACUCAGAAAACCGAAAGCAUGAAACUUUACCAGAAAACACUGGAGGUGCUUCCAUCAACAAAACUACAGAGCUGCCGAAAAGCUUCCACCCACAAAUAAAAUGGUUCCAAAAAGAGGAUGUGAUCAUACUGAAGAUAAAAAUAAGGAAUGUAAAAGAUUACAAAUGUAAAUACUUUAGAGAUAGGGUCGUUUUCAGUGCCUGGGUAGGAGAGAAAUUUUACUUGGCUGAUUUGGAGCUGCAAGCCAACAUAAUAAAAGAUGAUUGCAAAUGCAUAAUUAAAUAUGACGAACCUAUAAUCACUCUUGCAAAAGAGCAAAAAGAGUCUUGGUGUGGCUUACUCAAACAGAGGAAUCCAAAUGUGGCUUUUGAUUUUGAUCACUGGGAAGACUGUGAUGAGGAUAAGGAGGAUAGCCACUUUGCCAAAGUUGUAAAUUCUAAAAACCUGUCCUGCAAUGUGGCAGGCUUGGUUGAGACCAGUGACAGAAGUUCCAAUGAAGAUGAAAGUGAUAGUGAAUGA